CGGCCGGCCGGGGCGGGGGGACCGGGGCCGGCGCCGGGCACCGCUCCGCCGGGCUCUGCCCCGUGUCCGCCCGCGCGUCCCGCCGCCGCCCGCCCUGCCUGCCCGCGGGUCCCGCCGGGGACCGGUCCCAUGCGGCGGCGGCGGCGGCGGCGGCGGCCGCGCCCGGACCAGGGGCCGCGCCGCCAGGAUGGAGCGGAGCACGGGGGGCCCUGCGCGGACGCUUGCCGGACCAGCCACCCCCUCCUGGGGAGCCCCACGCCCCACGCCCAGGGAGGGGGUGUUGUGGAGCGCCCUGGCCGUGCUGUCGCUGCUGGCCGGGCUGGCCACGGGCACCCUGCAGACCUGGCAUCACAACCGCAGCCUGGGCGCCGCCCCCACGCCUGGGGGGCUGCGCUCCCCCAGCUCCGGCGAAGACGACAGCACGGAGCCGCCGCUCGCCACGGCCUGGAGCCAGCUGUACGGGGACAACGUGACGGCGGGGGCCCCGGGCGAGGCCCAGCUGGCCGAGGACCUGCUGCUGCGGGCCGAGCGCUCGCCCCUGGCUCCCGCCCGGGCCGAGAAGGCCCGCAAGAAGCCGGGCCAGGGCGGCCGGGGCCGCAACUGCCACAUCCGCAGCCUGAUGGUGAAGGUGCGGGACCUGGGGCUGGGCUUCAACUCGGACGAGAUCGUGCUGUUCAAGUACUGCAGCGGGUCGUGCCACCGCGCCCGCACCAACUACGACCUGACGCUGGCCAGCCUGCUGCGGCAGCAGGUCAUCGCGCCCCGGCCGCAGGACCGCGUGGUCAGCCACCCCUGCUGCCGGCCCACGCGCUACGAGGCCGUCUCCUUCAUGGACGUGCAGAACACGUGGCAGACGGUGGAGAAGCUCUCGGCCGCCGAGUGCAGCUGCAUCGGCUGAGCGGCCCCCGCGGUGCCAAAGUCCCCUAGGCGCGAGAGGAGUGCCCGCAGCCACGGGCCCCCGGACCACGCUGCAUGCUGCGCGCGCCACGUGCACCCACGGAGACCGCGGCACGUCCGCCCGGGCGGGGCGGGGCGACCGUCGCGGCGCCCAUCUGCCGGACGUGGGGCCGGUGCUGCGUGCCCGCUGCCAGCGUGGCCGGGGUGGUGCAGUGUGGGCACACGCCAGGGCGGGCACCCCCUGCCCCGCACCAACUAUUUAUUACUCUAAGUUAUUUAUUUAUUGUCCGCGAGCGGCGCCGGCCCGUGCCGUGGGGCUGGCGCCCGUCCCCGCGCCCCCUUUUGUAUCGCAGCCGCGGGAUAAACUCUAUUUUUGUACAGCCGCCGGUUCCCGCAGCAAUAAAGCGGCCAGCCGGG